AUGGGGAUGAGUGAUGAGGAGUUCGGGCAGCGCGGGUGGAGAGGAGAUAAGUUUGGGGCUCAGAGAGGUGCGAUGAGUGAGGGAGGAAAUGGGUGGUGGUUGCGGUGGUUUGGGGUUUGUGGUGGUUUGGGCGCGAAGUUAGGUUGCGGAGACCUAUUCUCUGGUAGAAGCAUGGACAUCAGACAGCAAGGCACUGAGGGUUUCCAAAAUGAGUCUUCAAAUACAGUUCCCCAGACCAUUCCACAGGCAACAACAAAUGAAAUGAAUGGUCUUUCUCCACUCAGCUUCCUGCCUAUGAAUGAGUAUGAAGAAAUUAUGGCACUGCUAACUGAUGACAAUGAUAUUUCUCAACAAGAUCACACAUGGAUACAACCCAAGACUUUUCUAACAUCAGAAGAGGAGGACUCUGUGGAACUCCUUUUUCAACUAGAUCACUCGUUUUCUAUAGAAGAGAUUCUUGGAGAAGACCAAACACUGUCUUCUCAGACACAGGUGGGAGGAUCAUCAUCACAUGAGCUGAGGGAUUUUGUUGAACAAAGUGUAACAACAGACACAACUUCAACUAUUCCACUGGACUCAAAUUCAUCUGAUAGGAUGAACAUUUCAAUCUCACCUGGGGUAGUAGUAUCUAAUGUAUCCACUACCACAUUCGGAGAAAGGUCUUCGAAUGAACCAGCUCAGCAACUAGGCGACAACAUGGGUGUGUUCAACCCCAUUUUCAGCUCAGAGAACUUUUCAACUUCUAGUUUGUCAAUGCCUGAAAACAAUCCAAAUGUUUGGCCUUCGGGAUCCGAUGCAUUUUAUCCUCCACGAGCUGGUGCUUCAUUUGGUGAUUCCACCUUCCCUAACACAACAGGGAACUCAUUCACUCAAUUUGAAUCACCAAGCUUUUCAGUGCAUCCUUAUGGUUGUGCUAGCGCUAGUUUUGGCACUAGUGCAAGUGCAAGUGAUCUUGUCGGAGACUCUGUAACUCAAUUCCCCGUUUUUCCUUAUGCUGGUCCUGUUGUUGGUAGUGGUGCUGCUGCCAAUAAUCUUGAUGGAAACUUCCCAGUGCAUCCUUAUGUUGGUGCCAGUGCGAGUACUAGUGUUGGUCCUAUAGCUGGUCCUAGUACGACUACUUUUGUUGGCACUGGUGCUGGUGCCAAAAAUCUUGAUGGAAACUCACUCAUUCGACAUCAAUCAUCAGGCUUCCCAGUGCAUACUUAUGGUAGUGACAGUGCUGAUGCCGGUGGUAUUGCUUCUGCUAGUGGUAGUGCAAGUGACGCUAGAGUUUUUUCUGGUGCUGCCGACGCUAAUGCUAGUCCUUAUGGUAGUAAUGAACAAUUUACAAGGGACCAUCGAUUCGAAAUGAGUAGGACCAAUCCACUAGCUGCACCUUCUACAAUGGGAGCAAACACUUGUGCUUCCCCUGUGCCAAUGAUGACUCGAUAUAAUCAGACUAAGAGUUUUCCUCGCCAACCAGUUCUAAUGGAUAUUAAAGACUUGGUGCAGUCAUGGGAGGUAGACUAA